CCUUGGCGUGACGCCCUGGGUGUGGACGCCGGGACGUGAGGAAGCCGGGGAUGCUGCGGCCGGACCGAGGGCGCUGACGACCCUCCGGCCUGGCAGCACCAUGCCCUUCCCGCCCCUGCCGCCGCCGCCGCCCGCCGCCGCCCCGGGGGUCCCCGCCGCGCGCCCGCCGCCCCGGAAGCCGGGCGCCCCCCGCAAGGCGGCCGUGCCCGCCUGCGCCCCGCCGGGGCCCCUGCCGCCCGCCGCGGCCGCGGAGAAGAAGGGGCGGCCCCCCGAGCGACCCCCGAUGCUGCUGUCCGGCUCCUGGCCCUCCGCCACCCUGAAGCGGCCGCCGGCCCGCCGCGCCCCCGGCCCGGCCUCCCCGCGCGCCCCGGCCCCGCCCGCGCCCGGCCGCCCGCGCGCCCCGGCCCCGUGCGCGCCCCGGCCGGCCGCCUCCGGCCAUGGCCCCGCGGGGGCCGCCGCCUCCGGGCCCGGGCCCGACGCCGCCCUGCGCUUCUCCCUGAGCCUCACGCCCGAGGCCGUGCUGGUCAUCCAGCGGCGCCACCUGGAGAAGCAGCUGCAGGCGCGGCCCCGGCGGGCGGCGCCCGCGCCCUCGGCCGACGCCGGGCGCCCGCUCGGCCCCUGCCCCCGGGCCCGGGCCGCAGGCCUCGGCCGCCGCCCGCCGCUGCCCGGCGCCCCGCUGGGCCCCGACCCCGGGCCGCUGCUCAGGGUGUCGCUGCUCAACGAGCGGCACAAGUACGACGACGUGGAGUACGAGGAGGAGGCGACGGCCGCCGACGAGGGCCUGGUGCGCAGGUGCACCGAGUGGCUGCGCGGCGUGGAGUCGGCGGCCGCCGCGCGCGACCGGGCGGGGCCCCUGGACGCGCUGCCGCACCUGAGCUCGCUGUGACCGCGACCCCGGGCAGCCUCGGCCUCGCUGACGCCCCCGCGCCCCUCCCGGG